GUCGUGGUUGUCGUCCUCGAUAGUUUCAUUGGAGCUUGCGCCCCCAUCACGAGCGUUAUUUUUCCUCUCUAAUUAUUAUUUAUGCAUAUUUUAACGCUAAAGAUUUUUCCCCUGAUCUUGAAGCGCCAAGUGACAGUGAUAAACCCCCACUCCCCAAUGCCCAGAUUCCUCCACCCAGUAACACCCCUCCUUGGUUUCUGAGCUCAACUACCAUCCCCACACAAACCCACCAAAAAAACCAAUCCAAAACUCCAACCCCCUCAAUAGAAAUUAGAAUGAAAGAAGCAUGGAAAGAGAACACUCAAAUCUCCAUCCUCAACAACUUACUAACCCAUCUUCUCUUGCCGCAGGUGGGUAUUCUCUUACUAGCACCGGUACUAUGACUUCUAAUGACGGGAAAGCUAAGACGUGGGAGGAAGAGAAGGGACGUCAAGCAGAUGGCGGGAUGGAUGAACUCUUAGCUGUUUUGGGUUACAAAGUAAGGUCAUCAGACAUGGCUGAGGUUGCCCAAAAACUUGAACAGCUUGAAGAAGUGAUGGGUCAUGCACACGAAGAUGGUCUUUCCCAUCUUGCAUCUGAUUCUGUUCACUACAAUCCUUCCGAUCUGUCUACUUGGCUUGAAAGCAUGCUUUCUGAGUUAAACCCAAAUCACCAUUUCGAUCUUUCUACUGAUUCUUUACUUGCUCCUGCUGAAUCUUCCACCGUCACUUCCAUCGAUUUCACCGACCGCAAACAUCAUCAGCAACCAAAGCUGUUCGAGGAAUCUUCAUCAUCGGAAUAUGAUCUGAAAGUCAUACCAGGUAAGGCUGUCUUCUCUCCAACCCAGAUCGACUCUAGAGAAUCUAAACGCUUAAAAACAGACCUAUAUCAAACAUCCUCUUCGCCAUCCUCGUCCUCCACAACUCUGGGUUCUCUUGUGGCUUCGACCGAGUCAACUCGCCCGGUAGUCCUGGUUGACUCACAAGAAAACGGUGUUCGUCUCGUCCAUCUCUUAAUGGCAUGUGCCGAAGCCGUCCAAGAAAACAACUUAAAUCUGGCGGAAGCCCUCGUCAAACAAAUCGGCUUUUUAGCUGUUUCUCAGGCCGGAGCCAUGCGUAAGGUAGCCACCUACUUCGCCGAGGCAUUAGCUCGGAGAAUCUACAAAUUAUACCCUCAAAAUUCAAUCGACCACUCUCUCUCAGAGAUUCUUCAGAUACACUUCUAUGAGACCUGCCCUUAUCUCAAGUUCGCUCACUUCACGGCCAAUCAAGCGAUUCUUGAAGCCUUUGAAGGGAAAAAACGGGUUCAUGUUAUUGAUUUUUCUAUGAACCAAGGCAUGCAGUGGCCCGCUUUAAUGCAAGCUCUUGCUCUCAGACCUGGUGGCCCACCUGCUUUUCGGUUAACCGGCAUUGGACCACCGGCUCAUGAUAACACGGACCAGCUUCAAGAGGUGGGGUGGAAGUUGGCUCAGUUGGCAGAGACUAUUCAUGUGGAAUUUGAGUAUAGAGGUUUUGUGGCUAACAGUUUGGCUGAUCUCGAUGCUUCCAUGCUAGAACUCAGACCUACUGAGUUCGAGUCUGUGGCUGUUAACUCGAUCUUUGAGUUUCAUAAAUUGUUGGCUAUACCGGGUGCUAUGAAAAAGGUUUUAUCAGUUGUGAAACAAAUGAAACCGGAGAUUGUUACUGUCGUUGAGCAAGAAGCGAACCAUAACGGUCCGGUUUUCUUGGACAGGUUCACCGAGUCACUGCACUAUUACUCGACUCUGUUUGACUCGUUGGAGGGAUCAGCGAGUACCCAAGAUAAGGUAAUGUCAGAGGUGUACUUGGCGAAGCAGAUUUGCAAUGUUGUGGCUUGUGAAGGACCUAGCCGAGUUGAGAGGCACGAGACCCUGACUCAGUGGCGAACUCGGCUGAGUUCGGCUGGGUUUGCUCCGGUUCAUCUUGGUUCAAACGCGUUUAAGCAAGCCAGCAUGUUGUUGGCCCUGUUUGCUGGUGGAGACGGGUAUAGAGUGGAAGAGAAUAAUGGGUGUUUGAUGUUGGGUUGGCAUACUCGCCCACUCAUUGCCACCUCGGCUUGGCGGGUCAACAACCACCACCACCCAGUAGGCGGUGCUGCUUAACCAUGACUCAUAACUCACUGAGUCAAAAAGCAGCCGAGUGAGGUCAACUCUUUUUCAUUACUCACAUCAAACCAAACCCUAGUGCGGUUCUGUAUGAUAUGCUGAGCUGGGACCGAGUUAAAGUGGGACCGACCACUUACUCUGUCUCCCUGGAUCACCUUUUGUUAAUGAGUAGCAGUACCCUCUCUCUUUUUUUUAUAAUCAUUUUGUUUUAAAAUUUUCAUUACUGGUUCUCUAGGUAUUUUCAUUUUCAGGUCUUGCCUUUUGUUUUUUUUUUGGAGGUGGAAUCUUCUGCAUUUUUCAGGGUGAAUCAAAAGGUGUAUAUAUAUAUUGUGGUAAUAAAAGAUAGUAGAACUCUUUUGAAGCA